CCUUCUCCGGGAUCCUGAAGCUCGGAUCUGGGGAAGAGAGGAGGUGGAGGAGAUACCCUAUGGUUUUCCAGUGCGGGAUCUAUUUUACCAGCUCCAAAACCUUCUUGUGCUUUAUGUUUUUUUAUGGUGACCGAAGGCCUGCAACUUGUCCGGACGCUCCCUCCCCACUCGCAAGGGGUGCAGCAGAGCAAUUUGGGGAGACUACAUGCAUGCUGCAGAAUCCAGAUGAGGAGGGAGAGUUUGCUGACCUUGGGUAAGAGGAGCAGUUUUCCAGGAGAAGAAAGAUGUGGUGUCACCAGCUCAACUCACCAUGGCGGGACAUGUUCGCUGAGCAGAUAUUUGCUUUAACUUGAAAAGCUCUUCCUCUGGCGGAUUCGACAGCUUGGUGAUAACGUGCUUAAUAGAUCAUUUUACACCUUGGUCGUAGGAUUUGAUGGACUGCCUUUGGGGAUCUUUGCAUGGAAGCUAGCUUGGUUCAGUGACUGCUGCAGAAAGUUGUCAUCUGUUGGAUAUUACAUGGUUCCUUUGGAUCUAAUACUUUGCUAACACACGCCUGGAUAUUGUGGAGAUUCUCCUCAGGGUUUCUUUUUUUUGUUACGAGUGGAGAUUGAGAGGGGCCAGUGUUUGGCCCUUGAAGAGUCUGAUUCUCUGUAAGAGGAGGGUUUAUCAGGUUGUUGUCCAUGAAGGACAUAGAUGGCCCUCGAUCCAGCGGCCCCCGCAAGAAGAGGAAGACGAGGUCAACGAGGGACCGGGAGAAGAGAUCAAAUGGGAUAAGAAACAACCAUGUAAAGGGCUCUGUGUUUCGCUUCUCCUCCGACUCGGAGAGGGAGGGCAACAGGAAGCCCACUUCUUCCCGCCCUCGACCUCCACGGCGGAAGAGAAAGGAGUCUACUUCUGCUGAAGAGGAUAUCAUCGAUGGAUUCUCCAUCACGGGCUUUGUGACCCUGGAGGCUCUGGAGAAGACCAUGACACUGAAGCCCCAGGAGUGCAGAGACAACCAGGCAGGUCCCCUGCUCAAGAAAAAGCCUGGCAGGGUCCCCAAUGGCCUGAGCCUGGAGCCCUGCAAGAACAAUCACCAUCAGCAGCAGCCUUCAGACCAGGAGAACAACCCACGCCUGGCACACACACACGGCAAGAAGAAGAAGAAACCCCUGAAGAGGAAAAACAAAAGACUGAAGCCGGGCCAGAACAACUGUAAGGACAGCGACAGCGAGAGUGUAAGCGGAGCGUCCAAGCCGUCCAUCAGGAGCAGCUCCAGAGACAGACUGACAGAUGGAGACACCGAGAGUGACCAAGACGAUAAGGUUUCUGAUGCCAGCUCAGAGAAAUUCUUCAGUACAGCUGCAGUUAAAGUUCCAGAUUUUGGCAUCCAUGUGCUCUCCACCAAUGGCAGCCAGGAGCCUCAUGGCCCGGGCCUCCUCAAGGUUUCAGGCCUAGAGCGCAGCCAGGAGAGGAGCCAGGAGAGCUGCAGGGACCCCCAACCCACUGCAACCAGCAGCCCAAGUCAACCUUUGCCCCCCCAAGUCAUCCCCCUGCCACAGCUGCCUCCUCAGCCUUCUGUCCCCCAACCCCUGUCCCCUCUUCGGACCCAGACAAACGGACCUUCCCAGGCCCCGGCCUCCACACACCUGCCUCCACGUUCAGAGGCUCUCCCCAGGCCUCAGACGCCCGCAGCCCUGCCUCUCGCCCAGGGCCAAGAGCCCUCACCGCCCCCCCCUCCCCGGCCCCAGCACCAGCCUGAACUUCUGUCCCAUCCUAGGCCCCCGCCAACGCCAAGCCUCCACCCACACCCACCGUCUCCUGCCCUCCCCACCCAUCACCCUCACCAGCAGCACCCCAGUCAAGCAGGGCCCCAGCGGCCCCCGUCACGCUGCCAUCCCAGGCCCCUUUCCGCCUACAACGGCCUCAAUCUCAACGGCCACAGCAGCAGCAGGAGCAGCACCCCAGGCGCCAAGCCCCACGGGCCCCCUACUCCCUCCUUACACCUCCCCCACCAUCCACCUCCUCCUGCGGCGGCAGCAGCAGCCUCCACCUUCCCUCUGCCGUUGGCUAACCAGAGCGGCCCCCACAGCUUCCCCCCUGCCUUACAGUCCUCGCCGCAUCCUCACCACCCCAAUAUGUUUGCUCCUCCAGCAGCCUUGCCUCCACCACCGCCACUAACGUCUAGCGCCCUGCCAGUACCCGGACAUCCUGCUGCUGGGAGUGCCUACUCAGAGCAAGACCUUCUGCGUCAGGAGCUCAACACACGUUUCCUGGCCUCCCAGAGCGCUGAUCGCGGCGCGUCACUCGGCCCUCCACCCUACCUGCGCACCGAGUUCCACCAGCAUCAGCAUCAGCACCAGCAUCAGCACCAACACACUCACCAGCACACCCACCAGCACACCUUCACGCCCUUUCCCCACGCCAUCAUGCCCACCCCAGCACCACCCAUGGUGCGUACCCCUGCCAGAAAUUUUGAGAAAUACCCUACAAAAGUCGACCCCUUCUACAGACACAGUCUCUUCCAUUCGUACCCACCGGCCAUGUCUGGCCUUCCUCCCGUCAUCCCUCCGACCGGGCCCUUCGGCUCGCUGCAGGGCGCCUUUCAGCCCAAGACCUCGAAUCCACUCGAUGUGUCCACGAGACCUGGAGCCGUCCCACACACGUUCCUACAGAAGGACCCCAGGCUAACGGAUCCAUUUCGGACCAUUAUCAGGAAACCAGGGAAGUGGUGUGCCAUGCAUGUCCACAUUGCGUGGCAGACUUACCAUCACCAACAGAAAGUAAAGCAGCAGAUGCAGGUCGACCCUCACAAGCUCGACUUCGGCCUCAAGCCUGAGUUCCUGAGUCGACCUCCGGGCCCCAGCCUCUUUGGCGCCAUCCAUCACCCCAGUGACUUGGCGAGGCCGGCCACGCUCUUCUCUACUGCAGGUCCCCCUCACCCAUCGGCAGGUCCUUUUGGUCACCCACCCCACCAUCCUGGAAACUUCCUCGCCCCAGCAUCUCACUUAGAGCCUUUCGGUAGACCUCCAUCGUUUGGAGGACUGGGGGCCCUCAGUUCAUCAGCCUUUGGGGGACUGGGAAAUCCAGCACUAAAAUCCCUAACAGCGGCCAACUCAAUGUUCGGCCAUAAAGACGGCCCCAACGCACAGCAGCACUUCAACAAUGGCAACAACAGCGGCCACCAGGAGCCGUGGAAUCGCCUGCACCGUACGCCGCCUUCCUUCCCCACACCUCCACCCUGGCUGAAACCUGGAGACCCUGAGCGGAGCGCCUCGGCAAGCUCGCACGAAAGAGACCGAGACUCUGACAAACGAGACUCAUUAAGCAGUAAAGAUGACAAGGACAGGGACUCUGUCGAAAAGCGUCAUUCAAGCCAUCCGUCCCCAGUCCCAGUCAACCCCAUCAACCUCCUCAGUCACAGUCGGCCUCCUGAGCACCACAGGAACCACCUCCCCCCUGCUCCUGGAGAUCCUCAGAGGGAGAGGGAGAAGGAGAACAAGUCCAAAGACAGGGAGAGGGAGCACUCAGACUCCUGGAAAGACAACGGCACGGACGACCACAAGCUCAAAGAGAACCAGCACAGUGACAAGGACACACCGGUCAUCCUUGACGGCCGAGUGUCAGACGACAAAGUGUCCAACAGGGGGACGCCAUCACCAUACAUCCGGCAGACCAGCCUCGAGCGUCCAAACGGCGGUCUGAGCAGGGAUGUGCUGGAAAAGAAGGUGGAGCUGCCGUAUGAGCACCAGAAGAAGAACAGCGAUGUGAAAGUGAAGGAGGAGAGGAAGGAGGAGCAGGAGGGAGCCACAGAGAGGGUAGUAAUCGAGCACCCAACACAGGCUCCCCCCACGCCAAACCUCCACCCUCCCCCCUCCUCCAUGCCCAUGCCUAUGGGCAUGCCUGGCGUCCAUCCCAUCAACUCCAUUAGCAGUCUGGAGAGAACUCGGGUAGUGGCGCCCUUCAUGGGUAUCAGCCCUAUCCCAGGAGCCGACAGGUUCCCCUACCCCGCCUUCCACUGGGACCCUAUGAGGGACCCCUACAGGGGCUUGGAAAUUCACAGACGGGACCCUUUGGCCAGGGACCUGCUGCUGAGGAACGACUCUCUACACCGGCUCACAGCACCACGCCUUUACGAGGCGGAGCGCUCCUACAGGGAGCGUGAGCCUCAUGACUUCAACCGAGACGCUCUGGUCCUGGAGCACAGGAGGGAGCAGGAGCGUGCUCAGAUGGAGGAGAGAGACCGCCUCAACAUGCUCAGAGAGGACUUUGAGCACGGGCGCCUCCACCCCGCAAUGCACCAUCCUGCUCUUGACGGACACCUCCCUCACCCUGCCCCUGGCCUCAUGGCUCCUGGACUACCUGGCAUGCACUACUCCAGGGUCAGUCCCACAGCUGCAGCAGCAGCAGCUGCAGCAGCAGCAGCCCAUCAGAACGGUAUUCUGAACAAAACCCCACCCACCGCCUCCCUGAGCGCUCCGCCCCCUCUUAUCCCAUCACUGGGCGCCCGGCCUGGCUCACCCAGACGGACUACUCCCCUGGGUACAGAUAUCAGAGACAGACCGCCUCACAAAGACAUCGAGGCUCGGUGAGCUGAGCCUCAGCAGACUGCUGCCCUGUGCCUCACUAACACUGAACUCACACCCAGCACUUAGCUUUGGGCAAAGCCAGACUGUAACAUAGCUGUGAAUAACUUAUGUGGGCAGAGACACGCCCACACAUGAAAUGUUUUUGUAUAAAACUACAAAAAGACGAUAACCAUGAAACAAAAUAUGGAUUUUUCAAAGAUUUUUUUGCAGUUUGCUCCAGCUUUUUGUGCUUACUCUCUUUCUUGUACAGUGAUGUGGAGCAGGAAUGAACACUUUGAGAAUGUACAGGUCCUUCAGCACUGACAGACAGCAGAGUGUGUAGAUAAUGUGUACAGUUGCUGUGCUUGCUCUGUAUGGAUUUAAAUCAUGGUACAAAUAUGCAAAAGGAGUUUUGAAAGCUUUACUUUGAACACAUGUAAAUAAAGGAGUAUUACAGUGGUUAUUCAGAAUGUGCUUUUUGCCGUUUUCUUUUUUGUUUCUUCAGUUUACGCAGCUGAUUAGCAUUGUACCACCACAGACCCCCAUAUUCAACUAUGCAACAAAUUUUUGGGCUCCCUUUCUGAAAGCUGGCCUUCUCAUCACUUACUGUGUACCAAUGAAGGACGAAACGCUGUAUUCUCUCCACAACUGAAGACUUAGAAACACUUCAACACAGAUAGAAGCUUUAAGUGAACCACACAGGGAGCAAUUUGGAUUCAACAAAAAGGAGAAUCACACAAGUCAAAGAAAUAUUGUGGUGACAAUCUUAGAAACAUAUGAUGAUUGAGGUUUUACACAUCAGAGAGUUUUCAAAGUUAAAGCCAGCAGCACAAAUGUUCAGACUCUUUGUCCCCUGAUUCUUCUCCGACUUUAACUUCCAGUCUUGUUCUGGGGAGAAUGCAGCAUGUUAAACACCCUGACAGCACAUUUGCCCGAUCAAAGGAGUGUAAAGUACAUGUUUUGGAAGUAGGUUCUGUUGGUCAAACAGUGUAUUAAGUGCUUUCCUAAGUUGUUGUACUUACAAAAUCAAAAGACAAAAAAAGCUAAACUCUGGACAGUUUGUUUCUAAUGAGCAGAGAUCUAUUUUAGUAGUCCACUGAAGGUUUAGUUGUGCGCUUCAAACUGUGAUAUCAUGUCGUGCAGUGUUUUUUAAUCCAACAUAAAAAAUGUCCACCGGAGCCAUAGUGGUUAGUCGACGCGUAUUGCAAAAAGAUUGUUAAAUGAGAAACUUUUUUUGCUGUUUACCAUGUACAGGGAAAAAAUUAAGUCUUUCUAGAUCAUGUACAAAAAUGAGAAAAAAAAUGAAGCGACUGAAUCUUCAGCAUGCUCCUCAUUUAAACUUGUGUUAUGUAAAUUGUGCCAUGUUAUUAAAAAAUGUGUACUAA